AUGUCAGGUCUCGAUGUUGAGGCUCUCCUCGAGUCCACAGCCGCUCCGCCAUCUCAAGACCCUUCCCGUUCCCAGGACCGCGAUGACCGCUCCUCCUCGAAAACUGACAGCAAUGACCGCCGGGACCGCGAUCGGUCACGAGAGAAGGACCGCAAGCGCAGGGACCGCAGCCGUGAUCGACGUCGCUCGCGAGACAUCGAUGGAGAUGAAGACAUGAAGAGCCCGAAAAGCGAACAUGGCAGUGCUAACGGAAGCCAUAGAAGCAGAAAGAGGAGCAGGAGUCGUGAUAGCGAACGCCGUCGGUCUCGUCGUGACCGCUACGGUGACGAUUACCGUUCUGGUGGCGACUUCUACCGCGGGGGUGGACGGGCUCGCACUCGCUCUCGGUCGCCUUACGAUGAUCGCUAUUACCGCCCCUCGGGCCGCUCCCGUCGCGAUGAGCGAGAUGAAGACAGACGCACUCGCCGUGACCGCAAACGAAGCCCGAGCCCGAGAAGCCGUGAGAGGACGCCGGAACCCACCGAGGAUGAGCGUGACAGGCGUACCAUUUUCGUUCAGCAGCUUGCUGCGCGGUUGAGAACUAAGGAGCUGAUUGCGUUCUUUGAGAAAGUCGGACCUGUCAAGGAAGCCCAGAUCGUCAAGGACCGUGUCAGUGGGCGGUCUAAAGGUGUCGGUUAUGUCGAGUUCAAAAGCGAAGACGCCGUUGCACCCGCUAUCCAGCUUACCGGACAGAAACUUCUAGGAAUUCCCAUUAUCGCUCAAUUGACUGAAGCGGAAAAGAACCGCCAGGCCCGCAAUCCUGAGGCCAGCAGCGGCAACAAUCACGCUGCUCCAUUUCACAGGUUGUACGUGGGUAACAUUCAUUUCAGCAUCACUGAAAGUGACCUCCAGAACGUCUUUGAGCCCUUUGGCGAACUCGAAUUUGUCCAGCUGCAAAAGGACGAGACUGGUCGCAGCAGGGGUUAUGGAUUCGUGCAGUUCCGUGAUCCUAACCAGGCUCGUGAGGCAUUGGAAAAGAUGAAUGGAUUUGACCUUGCUGGUCGAGCAAUCCGCGUUGGCCUUGGCAACGAUAAGUUCACUCCUGACUCGAACGCACAACGCAUGCAGAGCCAAGGUGCAAACCAACAUAACUUCCAGGGCUCUCUUUUCUCGGGUCACGGAGGACGUGGUGUUCAAGCCGGCGGUACCAGCAACUUCGACCGCGCUGGUGGUCGUGACUCCGAAAAGGGGGCCGGUGCUAGUGCAUUGGACGAUACAGAUGUUGCCGGUGUAAAUUUCAACAACUACAGUAGGGAUGCAUUGAUGCGCAAGCUUGCAAGAACAGAUGAACCAGCCGAGCCUGCUGCCGAUGACCAGCAAAAGGUGCUCCGUCCCAAGACUGAGGCCAAGCCUCUGCCUGUUAACGUCAACAUGGCAAGUCGGUGUGUCAUGCUCCGCAACAUGUUCGACCCCAACGAGGAGGAGGGCGAAGCUUGGAUUAAGGAGCUGGAGGAUGACGUUCGCGCUGAGUGCGAAGACAAAUAUGGCCAUGUUGUUCACAUUGCACUAGAUCCCAACUCGCAAGGCGAUAUCUACCUGAAGUUCGACCGCGUCCAGGGUGGCGAGAACGCCAUCAAGGGCCUGAACGGGCGUUUCUUUGGUGGUCGACAGAUCACCGCCCAGCCCGUCGUCGACGCUGUCUACAGCAGUCUGUUCUCCCGAACCAAAGCGAUCUGA